AUGCAAAACCAAGAAGAUAUAUGGGAGGAAGACUGUGCCUUCACAGAUGAAGACAGUGAUGAAGCAACAUUCAGUCAAGACAGCUUUACUACUGAGGGAAUGAGUGGUUGGGAGACACUGCCUAAUGUGUGCUUGCAACAUGUGUUCAGGUUUCUUCCUGAUGGAGAUCGCAGUAUGGCAUCUUUGGUUUGUCACCACUGGCACAAUGUCAUGCACUCACCCUGUCUCUGGCGCACCCGCUUCUUUAACUUCAGUGGUCGGCUUUCUAAAUAUAGGCCAUCUGAAUACAACUCAGCUGUGGGCUAUGUCCGCAGUCUGGGGGUCUAUCUGAAAAAGCUGGAGGUGUGUGUGUGUCCUCCACGAACAAACGUCAUAGCCCAGCGACUUGAGGAAACCAUCUGUGGGCUGUUGUUUGAACUUGUCAGAGUAAAGGCCCCCCUACAGUUCCUCUCCCUUGUGUGUCUGAAGCUGGACAGAUCCUCCUGGGAUUCAGGGCACAGAAACAUUUUGGUGGACGCCUUGAUUUAUUUCCUCAGAAAUGGGGCUUCAAAGCUCAGGAGUGUUUGUCUAAAUGGGAUGAGAAAUGACAUGCAACAGGGUUUGAAGUUACUUUCUGCACUGUCAGAAAUGCACUGCUAUAUUUCAUCUUUGGACUUGAGAGGAUUCUUUUCCACUGCUGUGUCUGUUCACCCCAACCCCAGUAUGCCCCACUUCCUGCAGCCGCUGCAAGGUCUCACCGACUUGGGCCUGAGUUACUGCUGUCUGUCGGAUGAGCUGCUAAUGGUUCUCCAGCAGAGACACAGUGAGGGUAGAUGGACCUUUGGCAGAAAUAUCCUGCAAAGAAUUUCACUGCACUGCACUCAGAAUGAGUCCCAUCAGCAGCUGGUGCACAGCAGCUCUUGGGCAGGUUUGGCAUCACACUGCCCGGACCUGAACAUCAAGCUCACAGUCGAUCAAGUCAUUAACAAUGACUGCCUGGCAAGGAUGCUGGUGCCUGGGAUUCCCCUGAGAGAAUACAGCAUGACAGCUCUCUACACCCCAAAUGAAAACUGGAGUCCCAAGCCUCUCCUCUGUGACAUGCUACCUCAGUACAGACAUAGUCUACAGAUUCUGACCCUGGACUUGAGCAACUGCAGUGAAUCACUGGAUGAAGAGCUGCUGGAGCUGGUUAAUGUGUGUGAGCAUCUGGUGGAUUUGAGAGUCUGGGCUUUCUUGGAAAUCCUCACUGUGGGGAGGCUGCUGCAAAUCAGGCUGAAUAAAAAGCUGUUACUCAACAAGAUCAAAGUGAGAAUCUACACGAUGAAUGACAACAAGGAAGAGCAGGAAGACCAGCUGGAGGAAAUGCUGUACGCCUAUCAGCAAAAUUUCCCUCCUGAACUGACAUUUUUUGCAGCAAUCUAUCCCUUUAUAUGACAUGCAAGGACUCAAAUAUAACAAAUAAGCAAAUAAAAAUGAAUUAAGCAUCAAAAGAAUCUAAAUGACCACCAACUGGUCACGCUGGUGUGGAUAUUUGGCACUGACUAGCACUGGCUUAUGUCUGUACUUUUCUCGGGGCAGUGGGUAGAUUGUGGAUGUGCAUGGAAACACUGACCUAGUUUUACAGGGUGAUCAAGGAAGCAAUGUGUGUGUUUGAGUGUAUGCAUGCCCUUGCAUAGUGAGCGCUCUAUUUUAAGGGACAGAGAUUAAGAGGCAAAAGCAAAACAGCAAACUCUCGUGAGUAUGGUUCAUAACAAACUACUAAGUAUGUGUCUGGUGGUGGUGGUGGGUGUGUGUUUGUGUUUGUGUUUGUGUUCAUAAGCUAUGAUCAAAUGUAUUAGUGCAAAUCUCUAAAUUAUGGCAUCCUGAAUAUAUAUUGUUGCAGAAUCGUACUCAGUAAUCUCAUUUUCUACAUAGUGGAAUUGAUAACGUGUCAGAAUAAUCCAAUUUAAUCUAUUUAUAUCUAAUACAGCAUAUUGCUAAACCAAUCUGUGCUGCUACUGCCAAGAUUUCCUCUUUUGACAUGAACAUUGUGUUUCUUAUUUUUUUUAAAUAAUACUAUAUAAGAAAUUUUAAGGUAAAAAAUUAAAUGUGACCUUGAGGCUGUUUUGUAAGGUAUAAGAAGCUUUAUGUAUUUUACCAUAUUAAUCUUUAUAUAAUUUAUCUUGUUAGAUAUUCAUCUAAUUCUGUAUAGAAACUGAGUAGAUAAAUAUUUUGUCCUAAUGUACUUAUUAGUUUUUUUUUUACUUAAGUAAAAUUCUCUCAGAAACCUAUUGUAUUUGAGCUCCUCAGCCCAUUAAACACAGAAAAA